AGAAAUUUCCGUGUGGAAGGCAACAGGAGAGGUGGACGAGGGCGAGGCGGAGGCGGCGGCGGCGGCAGAGGAGGAGAGGUGAUGGCGAGGGGAGACAGCUGCAUGGCGCGCGUUGGUGCCGGAGUCGCCAUCGGCGGCGGGGUCGGCGGAGCCGUGGGUGCUUGCUAUGGGACUUUUGAGGCAUUCAGAUACAAGAUCCCUGGGAUGCUAAAGAUCAGAUACAUUGGACAAACCACCGUUGGCAGCGCUGCAAUUUUUGGGCUUUUCUUGGGAGCUGGGAGCUUGAUUCACUGUGGAAAAUCUUACUAGUCUAUGUCCUAAGUUUUUUUUAACCCUACCUCAGUUGAUGGGCUUUAGAGGAUUCUACAUUUUGAACACUGCCCCGGGUGGCCUCAAAGGACCGUCUGUGAAAACAUUUAUUUGAUGUUUAUGUAUAAUUUAGCAGGUAAUAGCUCAGGGUUGGAAAGAACAGUCAAGUACUGUUAUUCACUCAGUCUUGAUAUGCUGGUCUUUUGGUGUGGAUAUAAAAUCUAUUUUCGUCUGCA